AUGUCUUUAAUAAAUGUCCAUCCUCCUAAAACGUAUUUCGGCGCGGGAGACAUUCAAAAGUCAUUGGGUUCUCUUCCUGGAUUCCCAUGGGCAAAAUAUCCCGGAGAAAAACAUCUCCCAGGCCACAAUUAUACAGGUCCAGGCACGAGAUUAGAUCUGCGUUUAGACGAAAAUGAUAAUCCCAAACCAGGGGAAGAACCCGUUAAUAGAGUUGACGCAGCAGCGCUCAAACACGACAUACUGUACAGAAACAAAGACGUAACAUUCAGACACCAAGCAGACAAACAAAUGAUAGACGAACUCGAAAAUAUUCCCAAUCCCACUUUCAAAGAGAAAUUACAGAGAACUCUUAUCAUAAAACUCUUGAAGGCAAAAUUGAAAUUGGGAAUCGAUAACGAUGCCGUGAACAAGAAAUAUUUACUGGAUCAAAUAAACGCAAUUCAAAUAGAUAAGGACCAUGUUGAAAAUAGAAUAAAUGACGUGAAAAGAUUCAUCAGACGAAAUAUUAAAAAUCUUGUGGACGAACCCAAACUACAACAAGAGUUAACGAGUUUGAAACGUCUUAUUCUGGAUAAAACAAGUCAGUUGCAAAAUUUAAUAUCUAAAUUAGACGAUAGAUUUACGAAGGUAAAAAUAGACGUCCAACGUNUAAUAGAUAACCCAAAUGUAAACGAGGAUAGAUUAAAACGAAAACUAACCGCUUUGGAAAGAAAACAUGGCGAAUUGUUAGCAGAACUAGACAAGACCGCGGACAAAACCGAGUUACAAAAUUCGAUAUCCAAUUUGAACGAAAAGAUCGCGAAGCAAAAAUCAGAUGUUCAAGAUAUAAUUAACACACUUCCCAUUGACAAAGAUACGUUGAAACGACAAUUGACUGCUUUGGAUACUAAAAUCACGGACGAAUUAGAAAAAGAAGUGGGUGUGAUUAAAAACUUUCUUCAAAAUAAAUUUCGAGAUGAUAUGAAAAAUUAUAUUAAAGAACAGGUCAAUCUUUUGGUAUCUAGAAUUCAUGACGAUUUUUUGAGACAAAAGAGAAAGUUGAGCAAAUUAGAAGCUAUUGUCACGGACAAAUCGUAUUAUUUCAAUCUUCCAUUCGAAAGUGACACUGUCUUCGAUAGAAAAGACCAAAUUUAUAAAUCAAACAAAUACGGAUUCAAAGCAGAAAUAAAAGUGGGUUCUCUCGAAUACGGAGAACCUAAAAACGUAUUCGAUAUCGGCGAAACGCAAGCGUUUACUUUUCGAGGUAAUUGUCUGAUUCAAAUAGAGUUUCCCAUGAAGGUUAAAGUCAAUAAAGUAGUCUUCAAACAAACUGGUAAUGCCGUCAAACAUAUUUCAUUAUUCAAUGAUGGUAAUUUGGAAGAGAAUAUACGUUUGAUUGAUAAAAGGGAUCAGGAAAUUGAAACGAAAAAUGGUAAAUAUGUAGACACCUUUAAAAUGGAAGUAGAAAAUGAUAAGUAUGUCAUUGAAAUCAAAGAUUUGGAUAUGAUAUUGGAGACGGAAUAUCCACCAUUAACCAACAUUGUCAAAAUUCCACCAUCACUUAUAAUACCCGGACCAAUAGAAUCGAGCAGUCACGAGUUUUUACGAACAACAGAUUUUGAAUACGUAAAACUGUAUUUUGUUUACGAUGGAAAAUACACCUCGAUCGAUGUUCAUAAAAGUCAACAAGAAAGAGAGUUUAUAGUACAUUUAUCGUUUGCCGAAGGUUCCAUCCUUGAAGGUGGUGGUUUUAUUUGUAGAGCCAAGAUAAACAUCGAAAAAGAAAAAAUAAAAUAUUCCUAUCAUCUUAACGAGGACCAUACGAAAAAAGAAAUGUCGUUAGUACGCGUAAAUGUUUUUACUUUUAAUACCCACAAAUAUAAUAAUGUUAGGAAUGGAAUAGGGAAUCUAAAUGAUAUUCCGUGGUUCCAUUUAUCGGAAAUUCACUUAAUUUAA